AUGUGCUGUGAAUGGAGAGUUAUAACAGAUGCAAGGCAUGAUUCCAGUCGAUCAACAGCACACACAACAGUGUCAGCCCUUUCUUUCUGGGAAGACAAGGUGUUAGCAGUUGUCAACUGGAGUAGGGCCAAUGAAACUUCAGCAGUAAGCUGUGAGGUCCCUAUGACAAAAGAGCUGCUGACUUAUCUCUUUGAGACACAAGUUAAAGAAAAAUCACCCAUAAUUUGUUGCCUUCUUCAGUGCAGGGAAACAUAUUGGAUUGAGUCUCUCUAUUCAGUGAUGCUCAUUUAUGCUGCAAAGCGGAUUCAUCAUGGGGAUGACACAUACAACAUGUGCAUGGAGUUAGCCAUUCUUGAUUGGAAUGAAAAUGUGAAUCGAGAAGCAUCGUCUCUCCAGAUGUACCAACAUACCAGGCAUCCAAACCGCUUGGCAGAGACCAGGGUGCUUACUUCAAAGACAUUUAAUUUCAGAGAAACUAUCUGGUCUACCUUUUUUAAUAUAAACAAAUGAUGUCUCUUCUGUUUUCCAUUGCACCACAGUUUCUGUGAUAAUUACAACUAGGAGCCCAAAUGUUCAGUAUUAAUAUGUGAGGUCAUUAGGGAGGACCAAUUCUAACAACUGCUGGUACCAAGCAAUGAAAACAUGAAUAUUAGGUUUGACACAAGGUAUUUCCAAGCAGACUCAUUCUCUGUUUCCUCCUGUUACUUUUCUUUGCACUGUAUAUCUUUUCCUAACCUAUAGGAAAGUCACUAUAAUUUGCUGUGUGGACAUUGUAAAAUGGACCAUAAAAAAAAAAAAA